CCCGCGUGCGCCGCCUGCGCGCUUCAACCCUUGCUGCCGGCGAGGGUGGCGCAUGCGCCCCCCACCCCUUCCGCCGGCACCCCUCACCUGCCGGCAACCAGACUGGACACUAAGGGACACACAGCACAAUAGCUCAACCGGCCGAGAUUGCGGGCAUGGCUUGUGUGCAAAUUGCGCGGAGAAGUUAAACAUUGCAAAAAUCAUUCACACGCCGAGAUAAAAGAAAAUCCGUUUGAGUAGCAAUGAGACGUUUAGUACUUUUGAUAGUUUUGAGUCAACAUGUUUGUCAAAUUCAAAGUUCACCAGGACUUCAUGAUGAUGGCGACGAAUCUGACGAUUUUGCCGUGGUUAACGUUGCUGUUAUAAAAGACAGUUUGAAGGAAAUUAGGGAUGGGGUGAGAGCUUUGGUCAAAAAUACACCAGGACAUCAAUCAGAAGACGCUCUUUCGGAUUUGAGAAUUAGGACGGGUUUUCAAUCUGUACUAGAAUAUUAUGCCAAUAAUACGUGUCAAACGGGCGUCCAAGAAAUGAAGGAAAAUUUUAAUAAUUUUGCAAAGGAAAUUAAAGAAUCUUUGGAGACGACGGAAGAAAAUAUACUCGCCUCAAUUAAGGACCUGAAGGAUAUUUUGAAUGCAAAAAAGAUGAAUUCACGGGAUGCUCGUUGCAACAAUAAAGUGGGAGAACCGCUUCAUACAAUAAGACUCCCUAAAUCUGAUAAAACUUUUUUGAUUUACCAAAAAAAUGGUCGUGGAAUUGAUGGAACCCAAGCAAGGGAAGUUUGCAGCGAUCGUGGUAUGAUUUUGGCCUCGUUCAAAACUUUGGACCAUAUAAAAGAACUGUGUAGCGUGCUCUCAGACAAAGGCUCGGAAUGCUGGACAUCAGGGAAGGAGCAGGAGCGUUCUGGGAAUAAAAUUUUCUAUUGGCAGACUGGCGAAUUAGUUGAUCCAACCUUGCUGCUGAAUAAAGACCCCGCAACUCCAAUUUUUUCGAAGCAGAGUGCAGAUCGCUGCAUUAACAUUUCCAACUGCCAGCUCGCAGUUUCAGUUUGUACUUGGCGCUACACUUGUGUUAUUUGCGAAGAGCCCGAUUAUUGCUAAAAUUGUUAAAAAUUAAGCAAAAAUUUUAUUAGCAAUCAAAAGUUAAAUACUUUUUUUGAAAAAAAAAAAUGCAAAAUAAUUAAUAUUUUUGGCAGAGAUGCUAUAGGCACAAUUAAUGAAAACAAUUAUAUUAAUUUUUUGUCUGAUUUUGUCAUACAAAAAAUUUAAAAUUGGAAAGAGGAGAACAAGUGAUUAAAAUAAUUUGAAAAAUUUAAUUAUUUUUAAUUAUGUGUUUUAGAAAAUUGCACAUUCAUUAAAUAAUAUUUUAACAAUUUAGAAUAUCGCAUAAUUAUCAAUAACAAGUUUAUAGAGCUAAGAGAAACUGUAUUCGGAUACUACGUAAUUCAAUAUAAUUAUAAAAUAUAUUUUUGCUAUUGUCCGUUAAUUCAAUAAUUAAGAAAUUCUAGAUUACAAAGUCUGUACUUCUAUUGCAAUUUUUUUUUUAAGAAGUGAAUUUUUAUGAUGCAACUUUAAUUUUC